AUGGGUAAAGGAGAAGAUCAAGAAGGUGUCGUAGCCGGGGGCUUCUUCUGGUCCUACACCGACGAACCCCAUGCCUCACGACGUCGUCAGAUCCUCUCCAAAUACCCUCAAAUCAAGCAACUCUUUGGCCCUGACCACUCCUCUUUCUUCAAGAUCACUGGAGUUGUUUUGCUUCAGCUUGCGACUGCCGCUUUACUACGAGAUGCUGGCUGGCUGAAGAUAUGUUUAGUAGCUUAUUUUUUUGGCUCAUUUCUCAAUCACAAUCUCUUUUUGGCUAUCCAUGAGUUGAGUCACAACCUGGCCUUCUCAACUCCAUCCCUCAACCGUUGGUUAGGGAUUUUUGCCAACCUCCCUAUUGGUGUGCCCAUGUCUGUUACAUUCCAGAAGUAUCACUUGGAGCACCACCGCUUCCAAGGUGUAGAUGGAAUUGACAUGGAUGUCCCUAGUCUUACUGAAGUUCGUCUUGUGACAAAUGUUUUUGCAAAAACCAUUUGGGUCUUUUUACAGCUAUUCUUUUAUGCACUUAGACCUCUCUUUCUUAAGCCAAAGCCUCCUGGCUGUUGGGAAUUCAUCAACUUCUCUGUUCAGAUUGGACUUGAUGUUUCAAUGGUUUACUUUUUUGGCUGGAAAUCACUUGCCUAUUUGAUACUUUCUACAUUUCUUGGUGGUGGUAUGCAUCCAAUGGCUGGCCACUUCAUUUCAGAGCAUUAUCUAUUCAAUCCUGAGCAGGAGACAUAUUCUUACUAUGGACCUCUGAAUUAUCUCACUUGGCAUGUGGGCUACCACAAUGAACACCAUGAUUUCCCCAGAAUUCCUGGAAAUAAGCUUCACCUGGUGAAGGAGAUUGCUCCAGAGUUUUAUGACAGCUUAUCAUGCUAUAGAUCUUGGAGCCAGGUCAUUUACAUGUACAUUAUGGAUCGAACUGUUGGACCUUUUAGCCGAAUCAAGAGAAAGUCUAGUAAGGCAGAAUAG